AUGGACUCCAAGGAUCGCGAGACCCAGUCUCGCCCACGAGAGACCGUCAAAGUCCUCUACGACCACGCCCUCCAAAACGCGCCAGGCAAGUCAAUUGUCGGCCUCGAGGUCAUCUACCCGCCAGGCGGCUUCACGCCUCCCCACAGGCACGCGGGGGCCACCGUCGUGGCGCGCGUGACCGAGGGAGCCAUAUUGAGCGGUAUGAAUGGAGAGCCGCCGCGGGUGUACGAGGUGGACGAGAGCUUUGUGGAGACGCCCGGCUGUCACCACACUGUUGGGGAGAACACUAGCCGUGAGAGGCCUGCAAGGCUUGUUGCGGUGUUUGUUGUGGAUACUGAGGUUGUGAGGAAGGGGUAUGAGAAUCUUACGGUGAUUGAUGAGGGGUGGUGA